GUCAGAACCACCAAAACCGUUGAAAUAACGUUGUAAUUCAACACAAAUACUGAUAAAAAUGAGCCAGGGACAGCCACGGAGGCCUCGGGAGGAUGAGGCGCAGCCGAUCAAGUACGGUGACGUUUUCUCCGUCUCAGGGCAACUCGCUGACAAGCCCAUUGCACCGCAAGAUGCUAACAUGAUGCAGACCGCUGAGACCAUGAUUUUCGGGCAGACCCAGAAGGGCGGUCCGGCCGCUGUUAUGCAGUCGGCCGCCAGCCGGAACGAAAAAGCCGGUCUCGUCCGCCAUGACCAGGCUACCGAUGUUGCUGGAAGUGAAGGUGUCACUGUUACCGAGACUGAUGUCCCCGGCAGCCGCAUCAUCACCGAAUCAGUUGGUGGACAGGUGGUUGGGCAGCAUGUGCAGCGUACCCCAGUGGCGCAGGCAACUGCGGCGGGGUUCAUGCAGCAGAACUCAAUCACCAUAGGUGAAGCACUGGAAGCCUCGGCCCAAACAGCAGGUGACAGGCCAAUUGAUCAAAGCGAUGCUGCGGCCAUUCAGGCAGCUGAGGUGAGAGCGACAGGCAGCAAUGUGAUAAGCCCGGGUGGGCUGGCCGCCAUGGCUCAAUCCGCUGCAGCGUACAAUGCUGGGACUGAGAGCGAGCAGGACAAGAUCAAGCUCACUGAUGUAUUGUCGGGUGCAACUGCAAAGCUGCCCGCGGACAAAGCCGCGACGAGGCAGGAUGCUGAAGGAGUUGUGAGCUCUGAGCUGCGAAACAAUCCGGGCAUGGGAACCCGUCCCGGUGGAGUGGCAGCGUCGGUGAUGGCGGCUGCUAGGCUGAAUGAGAAUAUAAACAUGUGACAUGUGGCUGUUCAUGCUUUCUGGUAAACUGAAUAGGUGUUGUAAUCAACAAUCUCUAAAUUAGUUAGCAGUUUUACGCCACGUAUCUAUAUGAAAUAGUAUGUAAACGUGUGCGCCAUGGUUUUGUAUUCGCGGUAAAAUACCAAGCUGUGUUGUACUUUGUAUGUCAAUGCGUUGUUCUUAUAUGAUAUGUAAUUCUUAAACCAGUUU